CAGACGCUGCACAAGAUGUACAACAACUGCGAGAUCGUGAUGGGCAACCUGGAGAUCGUCCUCAUCGACCACAUGCAGGACCUCUCCUUCCUGCAGACCAUCCGGGAGGUGACGGGCUACAUCCUGAUCGCCAUGAACGUCUUCGCCUCGCUGCCGCUGCAGAACCUGCGCGUCAUCCGUGGCACCCAGUUCUACGAGGAGAAGUAUGCGCUCUUCGUGCUGCUCAACUACAACCCCAACACCACGCACGCCCUGCGCCAGCUUGGCCUCAACCAGCUCACAGAGAUCCUGGCCGGCGGCGUCUACAUCGAGAAGAACGAGCAGCUCUGCCACGUGGACACGGUGGAGUGGCGGGACAUCAUGCGGGACCCCCGGCUGGAGCCCGUGGUGGGGGACAACGGCAGGGCAUGCGCCCCAUGCCACGAGAGCUGCGGCGGGCACUGCUGGGGGCCCGGCCCCGAGGACUGUCAGAAAUUGACCAAGACCAUCUGUGCCCCCCAGUGCAACGGGCGCUGCUUCGGGCGGGCGCCCAACGAGUGCUGCCACGAGGAGUGCGCGGGGGGCUGCACCGGCCCCCGGCAGACACACUGCUUCGCCUGCAGGCACUUCAACGACAGCGGGGCGUGCGUGCCGCUGUGCCCCCAGCCCCUCAUCUACAACAAGCUCACCUUCCAGCUGGAGCCCAACCCCGACACCAAGUACCAGUACGGGGGCAUCUGCGUCCGGAGCUGCCCGCAUAACUUCGUGGUGGACCAGAGCUCCUGCGUCCGUGCCUGCCCCAACGACAAGAUGGAGGUGGAGAAGAAUGGGCUGAAGAUGUGCGAGCCCUGCUCGGGGCUGUGCCCCAAGGCCUGCGAGGGCACCGGGGCCGGCAGCAAGUACCAGACUGUGGACUCCAGCAACAUCGACACCUUCGUGAACUGCACCAAGAUCCUGGGCAAUCUGGAUUUCCUCAUCACCGGCCUGGAGGGGGAUCCCUGGCGCAACAUCUCGGCGCUGGACCCCGAGAAGCUGAACGUCUUCCGGACGGUGCGGGAGAUCACGGGGUACCUCAACAUCCAGUCCUGGCCCAAGCACAUGCACAACUUCAGCGUCUUCUCCAACCUGGUCACCAUCGGGGGACGGAGCCUCUACAACCGGGGUUUCUCCCUGCUCAUCAUGAAGAAUGAGAACGUGACGUCGCUGGGGCUGCGCUCGCUGCGGGAGGUGAGCGCGGGCAGGGUGUACAUCACGGAAAACCGGCGCCUCUGCUACCUCCACACCGUGCAGUGGGCAGCGCUCAGCCGCCGCCGCGCCGACCUCGACAUCAAGAACAACAAACCCCGCAGCAAGUGCCAGCAAGAGGGGAAGGUGUGCGACCCGCUGUGCUCCGCCGACGGGUGCUGGGGUCCCGGCCCCGAGCAGUGCCUGUCCUGCCAGCACUACAGCCGCCGGGGCGUCUGCGUGGCCUCCUGCCACUUCACCGAGGGGGAGACGCGGGAGUUCGCCCACGGGACUGAGUGCUUUGAGUGCCACCCCGAGUGCGAGCUCAUCGAGGGCGGCAUCACCUGCAACGGCUCGGGCGCCGACACCUGCACCCGCUGCGCCCACUACCGGGACGGGCCCCACUGCGUGGAGAGCUGCCCUGAGGGCAUCCUGGGCGAGCGCGGCCCCAUCUACAAGUACCCGGACUCCAGCCGCGAGUGCCGGCCCUGCCAUGAGAACUGCACCCGGGGGUGCCUGGGGCCGCUGCUGCGGGACUGCCUGGGGGACGCCCUGCCCAGCUCCAGGAAAGCCCCCACGGUGAUCGCGGUGCUGGUGGUCGGUGGGCUCUUCCUCUCCUGCUCCUGCUUCCUCCUCUCCCUGCUCUACUGGCGCGGCAAGAAGAUCCAGAAGAAGCGGGCGAUGCGGCGCUACCUGGAGAGGGGAGAGAGCCUGGAGCCGCUGGACCCCAGUGAGAAGGCCAACAAGGUUCUGGCCCGCAUCUUCAAGGAGACGGAGCUGAAGCGCCUGAAGGUGCUGGGCUCCGGCGUGUUCGGGACCGUGCACAAGGGCAUCUGGAUCCCGGACGGGGACUCCAUCAAGAUCCCGGUGAGCAUCAAGGUGAUCCAGGACUGGAGCGGGCAGCAGUCCUUCCACGCCGUCACCGACCACAUGCUGGCCAUCGGCAGCCUGGACCAUGCCUACAUCGUGCGGCUGCUGGGCAUCUGCCCCGGACCCCAGCUGCAGCUGGUGACCCAGCUCCUGCCGCUGGGCUCCCUCCUCGACUACGUCCGCAAGAACCGCGACGGCAUCAGCCCGCAGCUGCUGCUCAACUGGUGCGUGCAGGUGGCCAAGGGGAUGUACUACCUGGAGGAGCACCGCAUGGUGCACCGCAACCUGGCCGCCCGCAAUGUGCUGCUCAAGUCGCCCAGCCAGGCCCAGGUGGCCGACUUCGGCAUCGCCGACCUCCUCUACCCCGACGACAAGAAGUAUUUCUACAACGAGGUCAAGACGCCCAUCAAGUGGAUGGCGCUGGAGAGCAUCCACUUCGGGAAGUACACGCACCAGAGCGACGUCUGGAGCUACGGCGUGACGCUCUGGGAGAUGAUGACCUUUGGGGCCGAGCCCUACGCCGGCAUCCGGCUGGCUGAGGUGCCCGACCUGCUGGAGAAGGGUGAGCGGCUCUCGCAGCCCCAGAUCUGCACCAUCGACGUCUACAUGGUGAUGGUCAAGUGCUGGAUGAUCGACGAGAACAUCCGCCCUACCUUCAAGGAGCUGGCCAACGAGUUCACCCGCAUGGCCCGCGACCCCCCGCGCUACCUGGUGAUCAAGGAGAGCGGGGCCGCACCGCCCGCCGAGCCCCCCACGCUCAGCGACAAGGAGCUGGAUGAGAUGGAGACGCUGGAGCUGGAGGAGGAGGAGCUGGACGCAUCCUUCGGCCUCGCCGCCGGGCUCUACCCGCCCCGGCCACGGGGCAGCUGCACCCGGAGCCCCAGCUUGCUGAGCCCCCCGGCCGGGUACAUCCCCAUGAACCAGCCCAGCCUGGGCAGCAGCCGCCAGGGCACGGUGACCCGGCUGCCGCGGCGCAGCCGCCAGGAGUCCCUGGGGCGCACGGUGUCGGAGUCGUCGGAGGGCCGGGGCACGGCCUCGGAGCUGGACCUGGCCGAGGGGCUGUCGCUGGCAGGGAGCCUGUGCCGCAGCCUGCGCUCGCGGGGGGACAGCGCCUACCUGUCCCAGCGGGAGAGCUUCCCCCCCCCGCCCCCCAGCUCCGAGGGCAGCGAGGAGGACGCCAACGGCUACGUCACCCCCAGCUGCGCCGGGAGGGACCCAGAGCCCGCCGGGGUCUUGGUGCCGGAUCCGGAGGAGGAGUACGAGUACAUGAACCGGCGCCCCGGGGCACCCCCGGGUGCCCCCCCACCCCGGCCGGCCUCGCUGGAGGAGCUGGGCUACGAGUACAUGGAGGUGGGCUCGGAGCCCGGUGCGCCCCCCGGAGCCCCCCCGGGCCGCGGGGAGGAGGAGGAGGACUACGAGUACAUGAACAAGCAGCCGCGGCUGAGCCGCUCGCUGGGCAGCGUGGGCGGGGGGCCGGGACCCCGGCACGAGGGUGGCCCCCCCCGGCAUGACGGCUACACCGACAUGCGGCCGGGGGAGGCCAGCACCCCAGCCCCCGCCGAGGAGCAGGGCUACGAGGAGAUGGAGGCGGUGCUGGCCCCCCGCGGCCCCCCCUGCCCCGGCUGCCGCGGCCCCCCCGGGCCCCCCCCCGGCUGCAUGAAGCCCCUACGCAGCCUGGAGGCUUCGGACUGCGCCUUUGACAACCCCGACUACUGGCACAGCCGCCUCUUCGCCAAGGCGGAUGCCCAGCGGACGUAG